GGACGGUAAGACCAAUAGAGUCUUAUCAGGUAGAGGCUGUGGUGCCUGGCUCUGUCACCCGAUAGCUAGGGCAUCAGUCUGACAGGAGCAGGGUGCGCGCGCGUGUGUGUGUGUGUGUGUGUGUGUGCUGCUGGGAAUACAACCACCGGUCACACCACUACAACCCUGAGCAGCAACGUUAAUUGUGACAGCAGCUACAUUGCUCUCUACUACUACUGGAUCAAGGCACUCCAUUCUUUAAUACGCCACUAGUUGGCCUACGUCUCUCCGCUGUUAACUAAUCACUACUUCAACAACCUCUGCCACCAAUACGAAAGCCAUUUCCUCUGCUGUGAUUACACUACCACUUAACCUUCCCCACAAGACGCACUCCAUCAGUUUAAUGUGAAACACCCCCUUAACAACCAAUUCACCACCACACACACUCGGCGAUAAGCUUGAAAGCCACCCUCAUGGCUAACCGUCCACCGGCUACCCCUGUGGCUUGGGCGUGCUGUUUGCUAGCACUGACGGUAAUCUGCCGUCUAUGUGACGCACGAUUCACUGUCUACUGGAACUCCCCAACGGACGCAUGUCACAAGUUCGGUGUCUACGUCGACGCCGCUGCCUUCGGUAUCGUUCAGAACACCGAUGACAAGUUCUAUGGAGACAAGGCGACGAUAUUCUACAACCCUGGGGCAUUCCCCUGGUUGAACGGGACCGUGCCGGUGAACGGCGGCAUUCCUCAGAACGGCAACCUGUCCCAUCAUGUUCAAGCCUUCGCUGAUAAGGUCCGCCAUCAAAUGCAACCUAACUUCUCAGGCGUAGCGGUGCUGGACUUCGAGUCGUACUACCCGAGCCUGGAUAUGAGUGUGCCGGAGUACCGCAAGGCGUCCAGAGAGUGGGUCCUCGAUCAAUUUCCACUUCUCCCUCCAUCCGAGGUCGAACAACUCGCAGAGGAGACCUUCAACGCCUCCGCCAGGGACUACUUCGAGGCGCUGCUGUGGACGGGUCGCGCGCUGCGGCCGGAUGCCCUCUGGGGCUACUACCACUACCCCUACUGUCACAACUAUGGCCCUGGUGUUGGCGACUGCAAGCCUCUGGUGAUGGAGGUGAACAACGAGACGCAGUGGUUGAUAGAGAUGAGCACAGCGCUUUACCCGAGCAUCUACAUCUUCAAGGACAGUGGCUGGGACCCCGCCACGCGGCGCCUCAACACUCGCGGACGCCUCCUUGAAGCCAUCCGCAUGCGGCAGCGAGCUGGGGUCAACAUCCCCAUCCUCCCUUACUUCUGGUACAGGUACCACGACUCCCCCAGCCUCCUCCUGCCCGUGGACGUGGUCAACACUCUGGGCUUCACCCGGGUGCUGGGCUUGGAGGGCGCCGUUGUCUGGGGCUCCAGCGACGACGUCAGAUCCGAGGACCAGUGCCUGGCACUCAAGGCGUAUGUGGAGGGCCAGCUGGGGCCGCUGGUGAAGUACCUCGACAGUCUUCCCACGGCUGCCCUUCGCACCAUCAUCAACUCCAAGAGACUGCUCAAGAGAGUGGUUAAGAAAGCUCUCAGGAAGGACAAGUGGCCACUAGCAUUCACCAGGCGUCACUGACUGCCUCCUUCACUUUUUCACUGACUGACUGACUCACUGACUCACUGACUGACUUUCUCACUGACUGACUUUCUCACUGACUCCUUCACUUUCUCACUGACUCCUUCACUUUCUCACUGACUGACUGACUGACUGACUCACUGACUGACUUUCUCACUGACUCCUUCACUUUCUCACUGACUCCUUCACUUUCUCACUGACUGACUGACCGACCUAUCAAUUCAACCUCGCUGACAUAUACACUCAGACUCACAGACGGGGCUGACUGACUGACUGACUGGUUGACUGACUCACUGAUAUAGUCAACAGUAUUAUUAAGUCUGACUGUGAGCCAGUUACAAGCCUCCCAAUCACAACCCGGCCAGAGUCAUCACCACAGACCCCUCCCAGUGCCAAUCACCACGAGUCCCAAGUCCACAUUACUGAUCUUAAUUACUUGAAACAAAUCCAAGAAUUUCCAAUCAGGGCACAAAAGGUGGCUACUGUCUCACAGGAAGUAAUUUGGCUGCAGCAGUCGGCUUACAACCGGUUAGACCCGAGUUGGAGUUCCGGACACAGCGAGACGUCUGGACACUUUUCCUUACACCUGAUGCCUCUGUUCACCUAGCAGUUAACUCCCAUCAUGCCGUAUCUCUUUGACUGUUGUCAAAACCUUGGCCAGUAAAUCCAUGGAAUUUGUCGACUCUGUGGUCAAUACCGUAAAAAAAAUAAUCAUGGUGUUAGGUGUGUAAGUUUUUUAACUACAAUAAAAUCUGUAUUUGCUUUUAUGCAACUAAAGUGUUGAUGGACAAUACACAACGCGUGUAUUGUCCUCUAACAAUGGACAAUAUAGACUCUUCACUAAC